AUGGGCUUGCUUAUUUCGAAGAUCUGGAGCUUGUUCGGAAACGAGGAACACAAGCUGGUCCUCGUUGGGUUAGACAAUGCUGGUAAGACAACGAUACUGUACCAGUUGCUUUUGGGAGAAGCUGUCCACACCAGGCCCACUAUUGGCUCCAAUGUAGAGGAGGUCGUCUGGAGGAACCUACGCUUCGUUAUGUGGGACCUCGGUGGACAACAGAGCUUGAGAUCAGCAUGGACUACGUAUUACACUAAUAGCGAGUUCGUCAUAAUGGUUAUUGAUUCGACGGAUCGUAACCGACUGAGCAUCAGCCGUGAUGAGCUGCACCAGAUGUUGAAACAUGAGGAGCUGAGCAGAGCCUGUCUUCUUGUAUACGCCAACAAACAGGACGUGAAAGGCUCGAUGACGGCGGCGGAGAUAUCUGAACAGUUGGACCUGACAUCCAUAAAGCAGCACCCCUGGCAUAUACAGGCGUGUUGUGCACUCACUGGAGAAGGAUUGCACUUAGGCCUAGAAUGGAUUGCGAGUAGAAUAAAGAAGAAAUGA